AUGAAGAGUGACGCAUCUUCCACAGCGGAAAGUAGUUCCCAUACCGAGGAAAUGGCGACUGCGCUCGGGGCAAUCAACCCCAACCCGCCCCGAAACCCCCAGACUUCAUCAUCUACCAAAUCGAAGGCGACAUCAGCACUUCGAGCGAAGCAAGAGAUGCGCAAGUUCCGCGGGAUGUCGACCCCCGAUCCGGCGCUUGACAUCGGCAUGGACGAGUUCACAUCCUUCACAGAGUACCUGCGAUCAUCGAAACGCGUUCUAGCCCUCGUGGGUGCUGGUUUGUCGGUUGCUUCGGGGCUUUCGACAUUUCGCAACGAUGAUAGAAGAUGGAGAGGUAUAGAGCCUCAGGAGCUUUCGAAUAUCGAGGCCCUGGCGCAAGACCCGGUCAAGGUAUGGUGGUUCUUCAGCGAUCGGAUGAAGCGCGCACAAGAGGCAAAGCCAAACCGGGGGCACAUCGCGCUCGCGAAACUCGCAAAGGAGAAGAGUGGAUUCUUCGUAAUUAAUCAAAACAUAGAUGGCCUGUGUCAACGAGCGGGCAUACCCAACGAGCAGAUUGCACAAGCACACGGCACCCUGUUCGAGAUGAAAUGCAGCAAACACGCCUUAGACUCUACCGACCGUUGCGACUACAAUACACCUGUCUCCUAUCCUGCCACCCAGGCGCUCACGAUCACAUCUGAUAUCAGCGACGCGUCCGUCCCUCUGCCCCCUCUCGAUCAUACCCAGCUCCCUCAUUGCCCACGGUGCGACAGCCUCAUGCGACCGAGCGUCGUGCUCUUCGGCGAAAGCCUAUCAAGCAACCUCACCGAGGCUAUACACUCUUUCGUCUCUUCUGAACCUCUCGACCUGUUGCUGGUAAUCGUCGUACCUGAACCAUCCUUUCGACGAGGCCAGACAGUGCAGGCGUGCUCUACUGCGAUUGCGACUGCUUCAAUACUCUCUGAAGUCCUGCAAGCAUUCAAGAAGGCUUUGUGCGAUGUCGUCAGUGCAGCAGACAGCGCAGCGCGUCUGGACGCUACCGCCGGCGUCGCGUUCCUGAUACCGGAGAGACUCGUCACUCUUACCCAGCUCUGCCAAACUGUUCAUGGCCACAUUCGCAUGGACGAUGCGAGCGCAAAAGCCAAUCUUCUUUCCAAGACACUGUGCUCCGGAUUCGGUUCGUUCGUCAGGAUGUCUACUCAUUGCCCCUGUCCAGCGAAGACAUUCCAUCCUGUGAUGGUUUGCUCGAGAGGUGGAUUUGGAACAGAGUCACACCCGUGUGUGGGAUGUGGUGUCAACACUUGCGACGAGUGCCGCAUCCAUGUUUUCUACAACUUCAUGACGGACGAUGCGGGGCUCGAUCAACGUCGAUGGUGGGCAGGCUACUACUUCCUCAACCCCACGGCUGUUGCAAUAUAUCCAGCUAGGAACUCUGAUGGUAGCGCCUGGCAUCUACCUGUCCAGGAGAUGCUACCUCGCCAUGACCAGGGCCGCGUGCACAUUCCCCUCGACAUCGGUGCUUUAGGCGAUCCCGAGCCGAUUGAGCCGAUUCUCGAUCUGGAUUUGGGCACCCACCAGUUCAUCAGUCCUCGUGGGCGUACACAAUUCCCCUACUCUGGCAACAACAUCGUCUCAUUCCUCAACCUGACUGUCAACAAGCGCAAAGACCUCGCAUGCCCUGCCUGUUACCUGGAACGCCAGAAACAAGGUGUGGCGCCUUGUUCUUGCACCCUACGAAAGCGCUUCCUAGACCGAUGGUUGUGUAUGCACUGCUACAUCGAGGAGGUAAAUGUUGAUGAACAGUUGCGCUGCCAUGUCGUAAAAGCAAGCGAGGUCGGUCAAGGCCACGUUCAUGUGUGUGGUUGCGGAACGGAGUUCACACCAGACAUCACGCCGAAAGUCAUGUGCAACUGGUGCAAAGGCGAGAUUGCAGAGCUUGACCAAGGCGCCGAGGAUGAUGCCACCAGUGAGAACGCCGAAGACAACAGCGAAGAAGAAGAGGAACUCGAGACCGGAGACGACGAGGAGGACCAUUCGGCGGCUGACUUUGCGGGUCUGCCUCAGGACGAGUUUGGCUACGCUGAGAAUCGCGACGGGUCUCUUUCGGUGUACGUGAACGGCGAGUGCAUCCGCGGAGAACGUUUGGGACGAGCCAUGAUCCGUCAAUGGAAGAGAAUCCAGGGUGCGCACGUUGAAUGCACUUGCUGUAUUUGCGACGAGAAAGACUCUAUGCAUGCUCACGCGGGGGGUGAAUCAGAAGACGAGUACGAUGAUGUUGAAGGCGAGGACGAUGAUGUUGAAGGACGGGGUGAUGAAGACGGGGCAAUGGAAGAUGGCGACGAUGACGAUGACGAAGAUCUACCGGAUCUAGAAGACGUCGAGUCAGCUGCUGGUUUCGAAGAUCCAUGGGGACUGGACUAA